AACGCUAAGGAUGCAAGCUGCCGUUAAACCCCAGAGAAGGAGAAGAAGAAGAAGAAGAAGAAGACGGAAAUUGAACAGAAGAAGAAGAAGUGAUGGUUUGGUGUUUGGCCUUGUGAGCUGAACUCACAUUUCGUGUCAUUUCAUUUCUCAGACAUUUUCUGCAUUAGCAAAUGACAGCAGAAGAACAAUGACCCGCCACGGAAAGAACUGCACGGCCGGAGCUGUCUACACAUACCACGAGAAGAAGAAAGAUACAGCGGCAUCUGGUUACGGGACACAGAGCAUUCGACUGGGCAAAGAUGCGAUCAAAGACUUUGACUGCUGCUGCCUAUCCCUGCAACCCUGUCAGGAUCCUGUGGUGACACCAGAUGGAUUCUUGUAUGAAAAACAAGCCAUUCUUGAAUACAUUUUGCACCAGAAGACAGAAAUUGCCAAAAAAAUUAAGGCGUAUGAGAAGCAGAAGCAGACGCUGAAGAGCAACAGCCAACUUGAGUCCAAGUCAGAGGAAAGAGAACGGGUGGAGAGGUUUAAAAGCAGGGAGAACAGCAUUGUGUCCAAACCCAUCAACCCAUUCACAUCUGGGCAGAGCAAAGGAGGCGAGACGGGCAGGACAGACGGCAGCUCAGCAGAAUCCCCCAGUGCCGCUUCAGCUGCCUCUUCCAGCCAGACCCUGCCCAGUUUCUGGAUUCCCUCUCUGACACCUGAGUUCAAGCCCACCCUGCUCAAAAAACCAAGUAAGACUGUGUUAUGUCCCAUGUCAGAACGACCCAUUAAGAUGAAUGAGCUUAUCACAGUGCGCUUUACCCCAUUGGACUCCAGCCUGGAUCGAGUGGCCUUGCUCACCCGCCAGGACAGGUAUGUAUGUGCAGUAACCAGAGAUGUCCUCGGCAACAGUGUCCCCUGUGCCGUUCUGCGCCCCUCGGGUGCUGUGGUCACUCAGGAGUGUGUGGAGAAGCUGAUCAAGAAGGACAUGAUUGAUCCUGUGACUGGAGACAAACUGACUGACAAAGACAUCAUACCACUGCAGAGGGUAUGUAUGCACGUCUGUGUAGAGGUAGAGGUGGUGGUGGUAACUGUUCCAUGAAUUCCAAAAAUGGUUUUAAUAAUCCAAUCCAGGGGUCAGGAGACUGACACGAUUCUUACGGUGCCUUUAGACAGCAAGUGGUUGCUGCUCAGUUAUCUCUGCUGUAGACACAAUAGCAGCAGCAAGGCCCGCAUGCACAGAA